CGCCGACGUCUCUGCGCGCGAAUUCCGUGGCGCGAAUUCGGGGCGCCGGGGCUGCGCUGAGCCGGGCCGACUGUGGUGCCGGGGAUUUCGGCGCGCGGGGCCGGCGCCAGGAACGCCUAACAGGACGAGAAGAGCAGGGACGGGAGCGAAGCGAGCUGCUGAGACGCCACCAUGCAGCGCAGCAUCAUGUCAUUUUUCUACCCCACGAAAGAGGGGAAGACGAAGAAGCCUGAGAAGGAGACGUCCCACAGCGGCAGAGAGGCAGAGCCGCCCCCCAAGGUGGCGCUGAAGGAGCGCAAUGGCGUGGUGGCCGGGAGUGACUCUCCAGUGAAGAGGCCCGGCAAGAAGGUGGCCCGCGUCCUGAGCAGCGAAGGGGAGGAGGAGGACGAAGCCCUCAGCCCGCCCAGGGCCCAGAAGCCUGACCCAGAGUGCCCGCAGGACUCCCCGCCCAGCCCUGCCGCAUCGCCUGAGAACACCCCUUGCCCCUCCGACUCCUCCCCCGUGGGCCUGUCCACGGCCGGCAUCCCAAAGCGCCUCACAGCUCGGAAGCAGCUCCCUAAACGGACGAUUCAGGAUGUCCUGGGAGGACAGGAUGAGGACAAGGACCGGGAAGCCAAGAGGAAGAAGAAGGAGGAAGGCCAUCUGACUCUUCUGUCCUCAGAAACAGAGACCCCGAGAGAAAGCCCCACCGAGCCUGAAGUGCCAGAGGAGAAGGAUGCAGAGGAGGGGCCCCGGCCUGUGACACCCCCUGAGCCCCCCGAGUCCCCCAAAGAGGUCCCGGUGGGAAGCAGCUCAGAGCCCCAGGUGGCCGUGAAGCAGGAGCCACAGGAGGACCAGGCCAAGCCUCCUGCCCGCGCCCCCCGGACACUCAGCAGCUUCUUCACUCCCCGGAAGCCGGCCAUCAAAGCAGAGGUGAAGGAAGAGGAGCCGGCCAUCAAAGCAGAAGUGAAGGAAGAGGAGCCGGGCAUUGCGAGGAAGGAGGCCAGGGGAGCCCUGGACCCAAUGAACUAUAACCCUGCCAAGAGCAACUACCACCCCGUGGAAGACGCCUGCUGGAAACCUGGCCAGAAGGUCCCUUAUCUGGCCGUGGCCCGGACAUUUGAGAAGAUUGAGGAGGUCUCUGCUCGGCUCCGGAUGGUGGAGACGCUGAGUAACUUGCUGCGCUCUGUGGUAGCCCUGUCGCCGCCAGACCUCCUCCCCAUCCUCUACCUCAGCCUCAACCGCCUGGGGCCGCCCCAGCAGGGCCUGGAGCUCGGUGUUGGGGACGGCGUCCUCCUCAAGGCGGUGGCCCAGGCCACAGGUCGGCAGCUGGACAUUGUCCGGGCUGAAGCGGCCGAGUCGGGUGACGUGGGGCUGGUGGCAGAGCACAGCCGCGUCACCCAGAGGUUCAUGCUGCCGCCACUCCCUCUCACCGCCUCCGGGGUCUUCGCCAAGUUUCGGGACAUCGCCCGGCUCACUGGCAGCGCUUCCAUGACCAAGAAGAUGGACAUCAUCAAAGGCCUCUUUGUUGCUUGCCGACACUCAGAAGCCCGAUUCAUCGCCAGGGCCCUGAGGGGGCGGCUACGCCUCGGGCUGGCAGAGCAGUCGGUGCUGAUGGCCCUCACCCAGGCUGUGAGCCUCACGCCCCCUGGCCAAGCAUUCCCCCCCGCCGUGGUGGACGCUGGGAAGGGCAGGACAGCAGAGGCCAGGAAGACGUGGCUAGAGGAGCAGGCCAUGGUGCUGAAGCAGACGUUCUGCGAGGUGCCCGACCUGGACCGGAUCAUCCCGGUGCUGCUGGAGCACGGGCUGGAGCGGCUCCCGGAACACUGCAAGCUGAGCCCAGGCACCCCCUUGAGGCCAAUGCUGGCCCACCCGACCCGGGGCGUCAGCGAGGUCCUGAAGCGCUUCGAGGAGGCAGCUUUCACCUGCGAGUACAAGUACGACGGGCAGAGGGCACAGAUCCAUGCUCUGGAAGGCGGGGAGGUGAAGAUCUUCAGCAGGAACCAGGAGGACAACACUGGGAAGUACCCCGACAUCAUCAGCCGCAUCCCCAAGAUUAAACUCCCGUCAGUCACAUCCUUCAUCCUGGACACCGAGGCUGUGGCCUGGGAUCGGGAGAAGAAGCAGAUCCAGCCGUUCCAGGUGCUCACCACCCGCAAACGCAAGGAUGUGGACCCGUCGGAGAUCCAGGUGCAGGUGUGUCUGUACGCCUUCGACCUCAUCUACCUCAACGGACAGUCCUUGGUGCGCGAGCCCCUGUCCCGCCGCCGGCAGCUGCUCCGUGAGAACUUCGUGGAGACGGAGGGCGAGUUUCUCUUCGCCACCUCCCUGGACACCAAGGACCUCGAGCAGAUCGCCGAGUUCCUGGAGCAGUCGGUGAAAGACUCCUGCGAGGGGCUGAUGGUGAAGACCCUAGACGUGGACGCCACCUACGAGAUCGCCAAGAGAUCGCACAACUGGCUCAAGCUGAAGAAGGACUACCUGGACGGCGUGGGCGACACCCUGGACCUCGUGGUGAUUGGCGCCUACCUGGGCCGGGGGAAGCGUGCCGGCCGCUACGGGGGCUUCCUGCUGGCCUGCUACGACGAAGACACCGAGGGACUGCAGGCCAUCUGCAAGCUGGGGACGGGCUUCAGCGACGAGGAGCUGGAGGAGCAGCACCAGAGCCUCCAGGCCCUGGUGCUGCCUGCGCCCCGCCCCUAUGUGCAGGCCGGCGGUGCUGUGGCCCCCGACCACUGGCUGGACCCCACCACCGUGUGGGAGGUGAAGUGUGCGGAUCUCUCCCUCUCCCCCAUCUACCCUGCUGCCCGUGGCCUGGUGGACAAGGAGAAGGGGAUCUCCCUUCGCUUCCCUCGCUUUGUUCGCGUCCGGAAAGACAAGAUGCCGGAAGAGGCCACCACCGGUGCUGAGGUGGCCGAUCUGUACUGGAGGCAGAGUCAGAUUCAGAACCAACAGGACGAGGACGAGGACACCGACUUGGAAGAUUUCUUCUGAGCCCCGCCCGGCUGGAGGACCGCAUGGAGCUGGUGACGCAGGCCCGAGCUCGAGUUCUGUGUCUGGGGCUCAUUCACCGAUUUCCCUCAAUAAACAAUCACCAGACACCCGC